AUGGAAUUAAAACGGCUGCGUUUCCCUCGCUUCUUCUUCCUGAGCGACGACGAGCUGCUCGAGAUACUGUCUCAGUCGCGCAACCCGCGCGCGGUGCAGCCGCAUCUUAGGAAGUGCUUCGAGAAUAUUGCCAAGGUGACCUUUGAAGCGGAUCUCAGGAUCAGCCACAUGCACUCCAGCGAGGGAGAAAUUGUCGAGCUCAAGUACAAGUUCUAUCCCUCGUCCAACGUGGAGCAGUGGCUUUUGUUGCUAGAGGAUACUAUGAGGCACACAAUCCGGCUGACACUGGUAGCUGGUCUAGAGGAGCUGUGGACGAUGCCGCGCGCCGAGUGGGUGCUGCGCUGGCCGGGGCAGGUGGUCAUCGCCGGCUCGCAGACCGCCUGGACGGCCGGCGUGGAGGCCGCCAUCGAGGACUACCGCAUGGACCAGUUCUUCGAGGAGAACCUGCUCAUGGUGAGUGGUGGAGGGGGCAGGUGGUGA